CUCAUUGCGCUUUGUGUUUUGGUUAUGUUCACGCUACAAUGUAGAAAGUGAUGUAUGACUGUAAUAUUAGGGUAUGCGGUUAUUCUUGCCGUUGCUUGAGCGAAAAUUGCUUACCUACACCAGAAAUUCCAAGUCAAUUUGGUUGUACAACCCCAUUAUAGGUAGUAUUAUUGAACUUUGUUUUUGAUCUCUGCUUGAGGGCAACUUCUAUACCUACGUGAAGAUGUCUGCAAUUGUUAAGCUGGAACCGAAACUAGAAGAAGAAAUAAGUGCAUACCUUGACGAAAAGGUUUUUCUUGCUAAUGAUGUCUUCAGGACUAUAAAUAAGCAGGAAUCUAAUGAGAUUACAAAUUAUUCUAAUGGUCAAAAUGAAUUGCAGCAGAGAGAAGAAUUUUUUGGAACCGUCGUGCACAAAUAUCAGGAAAACGUCUCGUAUAAGUGCCAACAAAUUUCAGAAAAUUCUAAAUGUAUUCGGUGUGAUUUUACAACCAAUUAUAAAUAUAAUUUAAAGACGCAUAUGUUAACACACAAAACGUCUAAAGAUUUUAUAUGUGCCCAUUGUUAUUAUGCAACCAAUUAUAAAUGUAACUUAGAGAGACAUAUGUUAAAACAUGAGAUGUUUAAAGAUUUUAAGUGUGCACAAUGUGAUUUUUCAACUAAUAGUAGUUUGCAUUUUAAAAACCAUGUGGUAACACACAUGCCUCCCAAGGAGAUAAAGUGUGCCGAGUGUGACUUUACAACCAAUUAUAAAUCUAGUUUAAUGAGACAUCUAUUAACACACAGGCCUUCUCAGGAUAUAAAAGGUAUGCAGAGCGACUUCCCAACUAAUUAUAAAUAUAAUUUAAAGACACAUAUGUUAAUACACAAAUCAUCCAAUAAUUUAAAGUGUACCCAGUGUGAUUAUGCAACCAAUUUUCGCUCCCAUUUCAAAAGACAUUCAUUAACACAUGAGACUUUCAAGGCGUUAAAAUGUGCUCAGUGUGACUUUUCAACAAAUUACAAAUCUAGUUUAAAGUCACAUAUGUCAGCACAUAAGACAUCUAAAGAUUUUAAGUGUGUCGAGUGUGAUUAUGCAACUAAUAAUAGUGCCUUUUUUAAAUCUCAUCUCAUAACACACAAGUGCUCUAAGGAUAUAAAAUGUACCCAGUGUGACUUCGCUACUAAUUAUAAAUAUAAUUUAAAAACACAUAUGUUAAUGCACAAACUGUCUAAGGAUUUAAAGUGUACCCAGUGUGAUUAUGAAACCAAUAAUCGUUCCCAUUUCAAGAGACAUUCCUUAACACACUGGACUUCCAAGGUGAUAAAAUGUGCCCAGUGUGACUACACAACCAAUUAUAAAUCUAGUUUAAAGUCACAUAUGUGGACACAUAUGGAAGAUUUUAAGUGUCUCAAGUGCGAUUACGAAACCAAUAAUAGUAACUCUUAUAAAAGUCAUCUAAUAACACACAAGACUUCCAAAUGUAUAAAAUGUCCUCAGUGUGAUUAUACAACCAAUAAUAACGCCUGUUUUAAAAGUCACUUGUUGGCACACCGGAAUUCCAAGGAUUUAAGAUGCGCCCAGUGUGACUACGCAACCAAUUAUAAAUCUAAUUUAAAGUCGCACAUGUUAAUACACAAGACAUCUAAAGAUUUUAAGUGUGUCCAGUGUGAUUAUGCCACCAAGCAUAAAUCUAGUUUGAAGACACAUAUGGUUGCACAUACGACAUCUAAACUGUUGAAGUGUGCUCAGUGUGUUUAUUCAACAAAAAAUAGUGUGGCUCUUAAAAAGCAUGUGAUAACACAUAAGACUUUCAAGGAUAUAAAAUGCUUUCAAUGUGACUUCGCUACCAAUUAUAAAUCUAGUUUAAAGAUACACCUGUUAACACAUAAUACAUCUAAAGUUUUUAAUUGUGUCCAGUGUGAUUAUGCAACCAAUUAUAAAUCUUGUUUAAAGACACAUAUGUUAAGACAUGCAUAGGCUUAGGCUUUUGUUUUUAGAUCGUAGUUGGUGGUUUGCAUGUCAUCAAUUCAAAAUGAAGUUAGAUCUAAUUAUAGAACAACUUCAGAAAAAUAAAUGCUUUGAUCAAA